AUGGAAAAGAUGGCCUCCGCUUCACACCCAGCCGUUCCUACAGCACCCGUCGCUACGGCCGAAUACGUCACACAUUUUCUACCGACACGCUUGCCUGACUUCGUGUACGAUCCGGAAAAUGGUUGUACAUUCGAGGUCUGGUACAACCGCUACGAGGAUGUAAUCUCAAAGGACGGUGCUCCGUUGGACGAUGCAGCAAAAGCUCGACUAAUCGUCUCCAAACUCGAUGCCGAAACAUAUGCCCGUUUCACGAGCCAUAUUCUCCCUAAAAGAGCAUGCGAUGUUCCCUUAACGGACACCGUGGUUGUUCUGAAGGAAUUGUUCGGACAUAAUACGUCAGUAUUCGCGAGACGCUACGCUUACCUCAAAACACAGCGAAAUGAGGAAAGUCUCCGCGACUACACCGGAUUGGUCAAUCAGCUCCAUGCCAUGGUUGAGUUCAAUGACGUCACACCUGAGCAGAUGAAAUGCCUCGUACGGAUACGUGGACUUGUCGCCCCGGAAGAUGCCGACGUUCGUGCUCGUGCCCUUCGCAAAAUGGAGGACAACCCUCAAACCACGCUAAAGGAGUUUGCUGCUGAAGUUCAGUACUUUCUCGACAUUCGUCAGGAUGCCGCACUCCUCGAAAGACCAAAUAUACCGCACGUCAACGUCGUGGAUUCGCAAAAGGGUCGAAAUCGUGAGCCGCCGUCACCUUGUUUUCGGUGCGGAGCCAAUCACUGGUCUAGAGACUGCACAUUCGUAAACAAGAGAUGCCACGACUGCAGACGCUCUGGACACAAGCGAGGAUUCUGCAAAAAUUUCCCGGAGAAGAAGAAGCGGAAUGCGAAACAAGAGCGGAAAUCUGCCAACACCGUCACUAUAGCUUCGACUCGUGCUGACGUCGCUGUAAACCGCAUCUACCGUAGAGUACAGAUUGAUGAGAAGACAGUACGCAUGCGCCUUGAUACUGGAGCAGACGUAACAUUGCCGAGCACUGCAGACUGGACCGCCAUGGGUCGAUCGAAGCUGCAAUCACCCCUUUAA